UCAGUUUCAAAUAUAUAUAGCUAUACCAAGACACAACUUUUUGAAUACUAAACGAAAGAAAACAGAAAAAAAGCACACAAGAAACAAUUAAGUACAAAUAAUUGUAUACAACAUAUUGUGUUUUGUGCAAAGUCGGCUAAUAAUGCGCCCGGUUCUAUUCCAAUUUUACACAGUCGAAAUUUUACUUAACAUGAUAUUGAUGUUCUGCCAUAUACAUGGAUUUCUGAGGCAAUCUCUGGAUUUUUUACCGCUCUGGUCACUUAUUUGCCACUAUUUCAGUUCGGCCGCUUUCUAUAUAUUCACGGUGCUAACAAUUUUUGCAAGUAUCAACAUCUGCACGGGACAUCAAUUUUCAAUUGUUGAAGAAAUCGUACGCACCAUGGUUGGCUUUUUGUUGUACAUUUUCAUAUCGCUGAUGAUCCUGGAGAAUGCAGAGCGCGACUUUUAUUUGUUCAACGCAAAGGGUGAAUCUCGAUUGGAAGUGGAGAAGCCACUGCAUCCAGUCUUUCAAUAUAUGCGUGUACAGGCUCUCUGCGCUCUGGUUUGCGGCGUCAUCUAUCUGCUGCACGGCGUCAUUGUCAUUGAUGUACUAAUGUCCACCGAACAGCGGCCAGAUGAGGAUGACAGUGACUACGAUGGAGAUUAUGAUGGUAAUAUACCCGUUCGUCUGUAUGUCCUCGGCGAGGUAGUUCAGUCGCGUCUCCAGCGUUACGAAUGGUUCAAUGAUUUCGAUCUCGGUGAAAAUAUGGAUAUUUAAAAAAUUACCAUUCCAAUAUAAUAUAUUGUAUUUAUAUGUAUAUGUAUGUAUAUAUCUAAUAACUUUUGGCAAUGCGCUUUUACUAAACUUUUGACCGUAUGACGUCAGUAA